AGCAAAGCGAAGAAACAAGUGGCUUGAGACACUGAGUCGACUGGACACAUUGCACUGGAUCAGAGGGGUUAAAGUAUCGUAAAAAUCUACUGAAACGUUUGCAGAUAUGUCGGAACACAGGUCCUGUUUCCUUCACAUUGGGGAUAUCGUGUCUCUGUAUGCUGAGGGAACUGUCAAUGGAUUUAUCAGCACUUUAGGGUUGGUGGAUGACAGAUGUGUGGUGCAACCAGGGGUUGGGGAUCUUGCAAACCCACCGAAAAAAUUCAGAGAUUGUCUCUUCAAGGUGUGUCCUAUGAACAGGUACUCUGCACAGAGACAGUUCUGGAAGGCGAAACAGGGGAAGCAUGGGAACAACACACAGGGAGAUCUCUUCAAGAAAUUACAGCAUGCAGCGGAACUGGAGCAGAAACAAAAUGACACUGAGAACAAGAAAUUGUUGGGAGAGGUUGUCAAAUAUAGUCGGGUUGUACAGCUUCUCCAUAUUAAGAGUAAUAAAUACCUGACAGUGAAUAAGCGUCUUCCGGCCCUGCUGGAGAAGAACGCCAUGCGAGUGUCUCUGGACCCUUCAGGAAACGAGGGCUCCUGGUUCUACAUCCAGCCUUUUUGGAAGCUACGCAGCGAAGGAGACAAUGUGGUGGUUGGAGAUAAAGUGGUUCUAAUGCCUGUAAAUGCAGGGCAGCCUCUCCACGCUAGCAACAUCGAACUCCUGGAUAACCGUGGCUGCAAAGAGGUUAACGCUUUGAACUGCAACACUAGUUGGAAGGUCACUCUUUUCAUGAAAUUCAGUGAAUACAGAGAUGACAUAUUAAAAGGGGGGGAUGUGGUGAGGUUGUUUCAUGCCGAGCAAGAAAAGUUUCUUACUUGUGAUGAGUACAAAAAGCAACAGUAUGUCUUCUUAAGAACCACUCUCCGCCAAUCAGCAACCUCCGCCACCAGUUCAAAAGCACUAUGGGAAGUGGAGGUUGUCCACUAUGACCCCUGCAGAGGAGGAGCCGGCCAGUGGAACAGCCUGUUUCGCUUCAAACACCUCGCCACAGGACACUACCUUGCGGCAGAGGUGAAUCCUGAUUUCAAAGAUCGUACCGACAGUAUCAGCACCAAAAACGAGACCAACACAGACACUUUGUACUCUAAAAAGAAGUGGCAGGCUGACAAGAUCCCCUACACCCUUGUUGCAGUGCCCCAUGGCAAUGACAUUGCCUCUCUUUUUGAACUGGAUGCCACCACCUUACAGCGGGCAGACUGCCUAGUUCCCAGGAAUUCCUAUGUGAGACUCAGGAACUUGUGCACAAACACUUGGGUGACCAGUACUAACAUUCCCAUUGAUGUUGAGGAGGAACGACCCGUUAUGCUCAAGAUCGGCACCUGCCGCAUGAAGGAGGACAAGGAGGCGUUCUCCAUUAAUUCUGUCCCCCUGUCAGAAGUCAGGGAUUUGGAUUUUGCCAAUGAUGCCAACAAGGUCUUGGAGAUGUUUGUGCGUAUUUUGGGGAUCAGCAAUUUCGCUGUAGCAAAUGAACGCAGGUUUACUAUUAAGCUUUUGGAGGAUUUGAUCUUCUUUGUGUGCGAUGUGCCGAACAACGGACAGGACGUGCUGUCUGUGGUCAUCUCAAACCCCAACAGAGAGAGGCAGAAACUCAUGAGAGAGCAGAACAUCCUGGCACAGAUCUUUGGAAUUCUUAAAGCCCCAUUUUCUGAGGUUAAAGACUCGUCCAUGCCGAAGCUGGAAGAUAUGGGGGAGCAGCGCAAUGCUCCAUUUAAGUACAUGCUACAACUGUGUUACAGAAUUCUGCGCCAUUCCCAACAAGAUUACCGCAAGAAUCAGGAGUACAUAGCCAAGAAUUUUUCCAUCAUGCAGGCUCAAAUCGGCUAUGAGAUCCUGGCCGAAGAUACAAUCACUGCUCUCCUGCACAACAACCGCAAACUGUUAGAGAAACACAUCACUGCACGUGAGAUUGAGACCUUUGUCAAACUUCUGCGCAGGAACCGAGAGCCCAGGUUUCUGGAUUAUUUGUCUGACCUGUGCGUCUCCAACAAAACAGCCAUUCCUGUCACUCAGGAACUGAUUUGCAAAUUCAUGCUGAACCCCACCAACGCAGACAUCCUCAUCCAGACCAAACUGAUCCCACACACAGAGACCUCUCUAGAGUCAUCUUUAAUCCAGGAGGAUGGUGAUGAUGAAGAGGUAUGGCUAUACUGGAUUGAUAACCACAAAGAGCCUCAUGGCAAGUCCAUCCGCCAUCUGGCUCAGGAUGCCAAGGAUGGACAAAAAUUAGACGUUGACAUCAUCACCUACUACAGGUGUCAGCUCAAUCUUUUUGCUAAAAUGUGCCUGGAUCGGCAGUAUCUGGCCAUCAAUCAGAUUUCCAAUCAGCUGCCAGUAGAUCUAAUCCUCCGCUGCAUGUUUGAUGACUGCCUGCCUUACAACCUGCGUGCCUCAUUUUGUCGUCUAAUGCUACACAUGCAUGUGGACCGCGACCCGCAGGAGGCCGUGGUUCCUGUUCGCUAUGCGCGCCUCUGGACUGAGAUACCCUCCAAGAUCUCUGUCAAUGAGUAUGACUAUGAGUUCAGAGACACAUCCAGAGAGGACAUGAAGAGAAAGUUUGCCCCUACUAUGCAUUUUGUGGAUGAAUAUCUCAAAGAUGUGGUCAGUCAGCCUGAUCCCUUUGGAGACAGAGAGAAGAAUGAAUUGACCCUUGAGGUGGUGCACCUGGCACGUAACCUGGUCUACUUUGGCUUCUACAGUUUUAAUGAGCUGCUGUGCCUCACACGCACCCUGCUGGCCAUCCUGGACAUUGUCCAACCCACUUCCACAUUUAUGUUCAAACUCAACAAGAGCCCUGAGGGAGGUAAUAAUGUCAUGCGUACCAUCCACGGUGUGGGUGAGAUGGUGACUCAGAUGGUUCUGAGCAGAGGCUUGAUGAUGCCCCACUGUCUCCCUGAUGCUCAGCCAAUCCACGGAAAGCAAAUCUGUCUCCCUGACAACGAGAACGUCAUGGUGAUGGACACCAAGCUCAGGAUUAUUGAGAUUCUGCAGUUCAUUCUGAAUGUGCGUCUUGAUUACCGCAUCACCUAUCUGCUGUCUAUCUAUAAAAAAGAGUUUGGUGACCAGACUUUGGACACUUCUGCUUCAGUGGCAGAAGUUCCUGUCAUGGCUGAGCCAAACAUUGAGGAGAUUGCGGAGAAAGCAGAGAAUAUGUUUUCAGGGAGUGCUAAGGAGAGGAACUCGGUAGACCUCGAUGAUGAAGGCGGUCAGACGUUUCUGCGGGUGCUUAUUCACCUCAUCAUGCAGGACUACCCUCCGCUGGUUUCCGGCUCUCUUCAGCUCAUCUUCAAACACUUUAGCCAGAGAGCCGAAGUUCUGCAGGCCUUCAAACAGGUCCAGCUGCUGGUUUCUGAGGAGGAUGUGGAGAAUUAUAAGAAGAUUAAGGCAAGUCUGGACCAGCUGCGGCUGACAGUGGAGAAGUCUGAGCUCUGGGUUGAGAAGAGUGGAGGUUACAGCAGUGAAGACAUUGCUGAGAAUCAAAACAAAGAGCAGAAUUUGGAGGAAGCAGGUAUCUUGAGUCCAGUGCAGGAUGGGAACAGUAAACCUCAAAUUGACAGCAACAAAGCCAACAACUACAAAAUCGUCAAAGAGAUCCUGCUGAGUCUCAGUAAACUCUGCUCUCCUGGUAAGAAGAUUCGUGUGCAGCAGCAGAGGCUGUUGAAGAACAUGGGAGCUCACACUGUGGUGCUAGACCUCCUCCAGAUCCCAUAUGAGAAGGGGGACGAAAAGAUGGACGAGAUCAUGUCUCUAGCCCACACUUUCCUUCAGUACUUCUGCAGAGAUAAUCCUCAGAACCAGGCGCUGCUGCACAAACACCUCAACCUCUUCCUCACCCCUGGGCUUCUGGAGGCAAAAACCAUGUGCUACAUCUUCAGGAACAACUACCACCUGUGCAAUGAGAUCAGCGACCGCGUGGUGCAUCACUUCGUGCACUGCAUUGAGACCCACGGCCGUCACGUGCAGUACCUGCGCUUCCUCCAAACCAUUGUGAAAGCCGAUGGCAAAUACGUGAAGGAAUGCCAAUGCAAAGUCAUGAAUGAGCUGGUGAACGGAGGAGAAGACGUGUUGGUUUUCUACAAUGACCGUGCCUCUUUCCCGGUGCUGCAAAAUAUGAUGUCGUCUCCGCGGGAGGAGAAUGAUGCUCUAGCGUACCACAUCACCCUAGUGGAGCUGCUGGCAGCAUGCACCGAGGGCAAGAACGUUGAUACAGAGCUCAAGUGCAACUCACUUCUGCCGCUUGAUGACAUUGUCAAAGUGGUCACGUACGACGGCUGCAUUCCAGAGGUAAAAAUUGCAUAUGUAAAUUUCGUGAACCAUUGCUAUGUGGACACUGAGGUGGAGAUGAAGGAGAUCUACACCAGCAAUCACAUUUGGAAACUCUUUGAAAAUUUCCUUGUAGACAUGGCAAGGGUGUCUAACGGCCCCACAGACAGGAAGCAUGCUGAUACAUGCCUCGAAAAAUACGUCACUGAUACCAUCAUGGCCAUCGUCAAGGGCUUCUUUGGCUCGCAGUUCUCUGUCAGCAACUCGAACCUGCAGGCCCAUCAAGCAACUUUCAUUAAACUGCUGCAGUCAGCCUGCAGACUCUACAACUGCACCUGGCUCAACUCCCUGCAGAAGACUAACAUUGAGGGUUGCAUCAAAACCCUUGCUGACGUGGGGUUUUGGUUUGGAGUCAUUGUGUAUCUGGAGGAGCAGUUUAGUCCGCAGGUGCAUGCAGAGUUUUCUGUAUUAGUAGACGUGCUGCAAAGCCCAGAGAUGCUGUUUCCUGAGUCUGCGCAGCUCCGCAGUGAGGAUGGAGCCUUCAUGUCUAAGCUCAUCAAACACACCAAGAAACUGAUGGAGAAAGAGGAGAAGCUGUGUAUUAAGAUCCUGCAGACCCUGCGAGAGAUGCUGGAUAGGAAAGAAAUAUUCGAGGAAAAGGUAUGUGUGGUGGGAACUUUCCGUAACCUCAUUCUGGCCUUUUUUGCUCACACUUUUUUUUAUGAGCUCAUCAAACACACCAAGAAACUGAUGGAGAAAGAGGAGAAGCUGUGUAUUAAGAUCCUGCAGACCCUGCGAGAGAUGCUGGAUAGGAAAGAAAUAUUCGAGGAAAAGGUAUGUGUGGUGGGAACUUUCCGCCUGCUCGGCACAGACCGCCGGCUCCCCAGGGAGACCGAGAGUAGGAGGGCGAACGAGGGAAAGAAGGAGGGAGGGAGCGAGCAUGUGAGAAGCCAUGUGAGGCAAGAGAAAAAAGCGUGGCACAGCAGCAGGCGGAGGGAUUGGAGAGGCGCGGUGUCUGCUGAGUCCAUGAGGCGAUGGAGCAGGGGGUGUUUACGUGGUUCUCCAGGACAGGACUCUGAUAAGCCAGGCACUAGCGUAGUAGACAUCCAAUGUGCUCUGGACAACGUUGGAGCAUCCGAGCUGGUCAUCGACCUCAUCGUCAGCACUAAGAACGACCGUAUCUUUGAGGAGAGCAUUUUACUGGGCAUUGCACUCCUGAGAGGAGGAAAUACACAGAUUCAGAACUCUUUCUACAGUCAGCUGCACAAGCAGAAGAAGUCUGAGAAGUUCUUCAAGGUCUUCUAUGAUCGAAUGGAGCUGGCGCAGAAAGAGAUCCGCUCCAGUGUGUCAGUCAACAUGUUUGAGCUCAGCUGCAGGAAGAGAGAGGAGGAGGGCGAGGGCUCUGGAAUCAGACAUAAAAAAGGUAUACGUCCACUUUCUCUCAGGUUCUUUCUGUCUAAACAUGAGAAAAAGAUUUACAAAAGCAUAGUGAAUAUUAAAACGUACACUGGCGGGAACAGCUCUUCCUCUGGAGGUGGUUCUCCAGGACAGGACUCUGAUAAGCCAGGCACUAGCGUAGUAGACAUCCAAUGUGCUCUGGACAACGUUGGAGCAUCCGAGCUGGUCAUCGACCUCAUCGUCAGCACUAAGAACGACCGUAUCUUUGAGGAGAGCAUUUUACUGGGCAUUGCACUCCUGAGAGGAGGAAAUACACAGAUUCAGAACUCUUUCUACAGUCAGCUGCACAAGCAGAAGAAGUCUGAGAAGUUCUUCAAGGUCUUCUAUGAUCGAAUGGAGCUGGCGCAGAAAGAGAUCCGCUCCAGUGUGUCAGUCAACAUGUUUGAGCUCAGCUGCAGGAAGAGAGAGGAGGAGGGCGAGGGCUCUGGAAUCAGACAUAAAAAAGUUCGAGACUCCUUGCACCUCAGAGAAGACAUUCGGGGUCAGCUUAAAGACGCCUCCUCGGUCACCUCCAAAGCCUACAGCACCUUUCGCCGGGACGUGGACCCCGAGAUAGAGCCGAUGGGAUCGGGAGUGGAUGGGAUGGAGGAGGUGGUGGAGGAGACCCAGAUGAGCCAGGCCAUCGCCAUCAUGAAACCCAUCUUACGUUUCCUUCAGCUGCUCUGUGAGAAUCAUAACAGGGACUUGCAGAAUUUUCUGCGAGAUCAGAACAACAAAACCAAUUAUAACCUGGUGUGUGAGACGCUGCAGUUUCUUGACUGUAUCUGUGGCAGUACGACAGGAGGACUGGGGCUGCUGGGGCUCUACAUUAAUGAGAGGAAUGUGGACCUGGUCAAACAGACACUAGAGACCAUCACAGAGUACUGCCAGGGACCUUGCCACGAAAACCAGUCAUGCAUAGCCAGGCAUGAGUCAAACGGCAUUGACAUCAUCAUCGCUCUCAUUGUGAAUCCAAUUGAUCCGCUGGGGAAGAACCGACUUGACCUUGUGCUGGAGCUGAAGAACAAUGCAUCUGAACUUCUUCUGGCCAUCAUGGAAAGUCGUCAUGACAGUGAGAAUGCAGAGAAGAUCCUGUACAAGAUGAGACCCAAUGAACUGAUUGACGUGAUCAAGGAGGCUUACGUUCAAGGAGAAGAGAGUGAGAUUGAUCAAGAGACAUCAGAUCAGACCAGACCUAAAGAUGUUGGCCACAACAUCUACAUCCUGGCCCAUCAGUUGGCACGCCACAGAAAAAACCUCCAGCAGAGUUUGAAACCUGGCCCAGAUCCUACCAUCGAAGGAGAAGCAGCGCUCCUAUACUAUGCCAACCACACUGCUCAGAUAGAGAUCGUCCGCCAUGACCGCACAAUGGAGCAGAUCGUGUUUCCUGUGCCUAACAUCUGCGAGUACUUAACAGAAGAAUCAAAAGUGCGCGUGUUCACUACAACAGAGCGAGACGACCAGGGCAGCAAGGUCAACGACUUCUUCCAGCAGUUUGAUGACCUCUACAUUGAGAUGAGGUGGCAGAAGAAAAUAAGAAAUAAUGCACCACUUUUCUGGGUGUCAAAACAUAUAUCUCUAUGGGGUAGUAUCUCCUUUAACUUGGCUGUGCUAAUCAACUUGGCUGUCGCUCUUUUCUACCCAUUUGGAGAUGAUGGAGAUGAAGGUGUCUUGCCACCAUUCUUGUCCAUCUUGCUUUGGGUGGCAGUGGUUGUGAGCACCUUCACGUUGUUUGUUCUUCCCCCGCGUGGAGGUAUCCUGGCGUUCCUGGUCACCGUCAUCUUCCGUUCUAUUUACACGCUGGGCUUAGGACCCACACUGCUGCUUCUGGGGGCCGCCAACCUGCUGAAUAAAAUCGUGUUCCUGGUUAGUUUUGUGGGGAACGAGGGCACGUUCACACGAGGGUACAAAGCAGUUAUCCUGGACAUCUUCUUCCUUCUGCAUGUCAGUUAUGUCAUCGUUUGCAUGCUGGGCCUGUUCGUACACGAGUUCUUCUACAGUAUUCUGUUGUUUGAUCUUGUGCGAAGAGAGGAAACGCUUCUAAAUGUGAUGAGGAGUGUGACGAAGAAUGGCCGCUCCAUCUUCCUCACAGCUGUUCUGGCUAUCAUCCUGGUCUACCUCUUCUCCAUUGUGGGCUUCCUCUUCUUUAAAGAUGACUUCCUCAUGGAAGUCGACCGCCUCCCUGCUUUAAAGAAGAUGAAUGUGAAGGAGUCUAUGAACUGCCUGAGUGAGACCUGUUCUAACUCCCCUUUUAGUUCUCACCACGUGGAAGAAGAGGAUGAAGAUGGUACAGAGCGUGUUUGUGACACCCUGCUGAUGUGCAUCAUUACGGUUCUGAACCACGGCCUGAGGAACGGAGGAGGAAUUGCAGAUGUUCUGCGCAAGCUCUCCAAAGAGGAGCCCAUGUUCCCGGCACGUGUCGUGUAUGAUCUCUUGUUCUUCUUCAUUGUCAUCAUCAUUGUGUUGAACCUCAUCUUUGGUGUGAUCAUUGACACUUUCGCUGACCUGAGGAGUGAGAAACAGAGAAAGGAAGAAAUUUUGAAGACGACCUGCUUCAUUUGUGGCCUUGAGAGAGACAAGUUUGAUAACAAGACCGUGUCGUUUGAGGAGCACAUCAAGUCAGAGCACAGCAUGUGGCACUAUUUGUACUUCCUAGUCUUGGUGAAGGUGAAGGACCCAACCGAGUACACGGGCCCCGAGAGCUACGUAGCCCAAAUGAUUAAGGAGAAGAAUCUGGACUGGUUUCCACGGAUGAGGGCCAUGUCCUUGGUAAGCUCUGAGGGCGAGAGCGAACAGAAUGAGAUCCGAUCGCUGCAGGAGAGGCUGGACACCACUGUCGGUCUCGUGGCUCAGCUGUCUUCCCAGCUGUCUGAGCUUAAAGAGCAGGUAACAUACAGCACGCCGUCCAAUGGGACAGCCCGGUUUCACAGAGCCAAACAGUGUUUUUCUUCACGGGGCCUCUGAAGUGUUUACUAUUAGGCCCUGCUGUGGAAGUGCGUCAGAGCAGGGGUGGGGCGGUGCCCCGGGGCCAUAUGGAUGUUCCGGCUGUGCUCCGCUGUGUCGGAUCACGGCCAUCACCUGCCUGGCCCACAUGUGAUUCCACACAAACAGUUUAACCGAUUCACAUGACACGGAGAG